UUCCACCUCGUUCUGAAGGAUGAGGCCGAUUCCUUCCGUGAAGUCACGGAGCGACCUUGGAUGGAGUGAUGGGGGAAGAUCAGCACCUGCAGCUGAGGCCCAUCCGCCCAGCGUCCUGCUUUUGCUGAUAAGGAGGGGGGGGAUAUUAACGUUCCUCGCCAGGCCUGGGACCCGUCUGGAACAAGAUGCUGGCGAUGUCGGUCCCCCUGCUGCUGGCGCUGGUGGUGGCUGGUGCCUCUGGAUGUGGGCAGCCCGUCUCUUCCCCAAAUGCCCGGGUGGUGAACGGUGAAGAUGCCAAUCCGUACAGUUGGCCCUGGCAGAUUUCCCUCCAGUACAAGAAAGACGGGGAGUUCUACCACACCUGCGGGGGGUCCCUCAUUGGCCCCAACUGGGUCAUGACAGCCGCCCACUGCAUCUCCAAAUCCCGCGAGUACCGGGUGGGUCUGGGCGAGUACGACCGGAGCCGGGAGGACGGCUUUGAGCAGUUCAUUCCCAUCAACGCGGACGACAUCUUUGUGCACCCCCGGUGGUUCUCCAUCUGCGCGGCCUGCGGCAAUGACAUUGCCCUGCUGAAGCUCUCCCGCAGCGCCAAGAUGAACGACCGGGUGCAGCCGGCUUGCCUCCCCCCCGCGGGAGAGAUUCUGCCCAACGAGUAUCCCUGUUACAUCACGGGCUGGGGACGGCUUUACACCAAUGGACCCCUCCCUGAUAUACUGCAGCAAGCGGAGCUUCCUGUGGUCGACAAUGAACACUGCAACCAACGUGACUGGUGGGGAGGUGUCAUCCGGCAGAACAUGAUCUGUGCAGGUGGCGACAUCCGGUCCGGUUGCAAUGGUGACUCCGGGGGACCCCUCAACUGCCAGGCUGCUGACGGGAGGUGGGCCGUCCACGGCAUCGCCAGCUUCGUCUCCGCCUUGGGCUGCAACGCCUUGAAGAAGCCCACCGUCUUCACCCGCGUCUCCGCUUUCGAGGACUGGAUCCAGGAGACCAUCGCCGCACAUCCAUGAUGACUGGAUUUAUACUUGGGGAAAGCUUCCUAAUUCCUGAAUAAAACAACCGAGACAGAA